GCCGUCUACUUCUCCCCCGAGGAGUGGGCAGAGCUGGCGGCCUGGCAGCGCCGGCUCUACCGGGAGGUGAUGCUGGAGAACUACCAGGCGGUCGCCUCGCUGG